CGUAUAUACGAAAGUACAUACAUCCAUCCUCCCAGAAGGUGACAAUAACGAUAGUCUACUAGUAGCGUAUAUCUAGUUUAUGCAGUGGAAAGGAGCGAACCCAAUGAAAUGGUGACUAAGCGACCAGAUAUCGCUCCGCGAUAAGAGCGGGCAUGAUUUCAAUCCCCCGCAAUGCAUCCAAGGCAAAAGUCUCAACAGGCCUAGACGCCUUCCCCAUCUCGCGAGAUGGCUGCUUCAUCCCACAGGGGACCCGAUGCACCCGGGUCUGGGCGAACCGUCGAGGAAAAGGACGAUGCAUUCGUCCCUGCUCUUAUCGUCGUUGAUAUGCAAGAGGACUUCUGCCCACCGAACGGAUCUCUCGCCGUCCAAGAAGGUCGAUCCAUCGCCCCCUUAAUCAACUCCCUCCUCUCCCUCCCUACCUUCGCCAUACGCGUCGCGACCCAAGACUUCCACCCCCUCGAACACAUCUCCUUCGCGACCAACCACCCACCACCCAACAACCGCCCAUUCGAAUCCUUCAUCGAGAUGAGAAACCCCGCACCGGGAAAAGAAUCCGAAACCAAACCCCAACAACUAUGGCCUGAGCACUGCGUUGCAGACACACCCGGCGCGGCGCUCAUUCCUGAGAUCGAAACCGAUCGCAUCGAUCUAUACGUCAAAAAGGGUAUGGAUCCUCGCGUGGAGAUGUAUUCUGCGUUCGGGGAUGCGUUUAGGAAUAUUGAUGAUGAAUUCUUGAUGAGGAAGUCGGUGAAUGUGGAUUUGAAGGCUGCGUUGAAGGAGAGGGGUGUUACGGAUGUGUUUGUUGUUGGGCUGGCGGGGGAUUAUUGUGUGAAGUUUACGGCGAUGGAUGCGGUCAAGGCGGGGUUUAGGAGUUGGCUUGUUGAGGAGGGGACGAAGUGUGUGGUGCCUGGUGAGGGGUGGGAGAGGACGAAGGAGGAGUUGAGGAAGGAGGGUGUUUCUAUUGUUUCUGUGGAUGGUCCUGAGGUGCAGAAGCUCAGGUCUGGAAGGUAGAGAAAUUGAGUUGAGAGAAUGGGAGGGAAAAAGAGGAAGAAGAAGAAGAAAAGAAGAAGGGAUAUAAAAAUGCUAUAGAAGCAUGAAUGGUGGAUAUCUUGGAGGGAGAUCACUGGAGUCU